CUUCAAAGAAUUCAAACCAUGUGACGUCAGUAGUAUAUAUAGCACCGCCAUGUAUCUAUCACUCAUAUUUUUUCUUGGCGCACUUCGUGCGGGCUCAGCUUAACUUACGGUUUGUUAUCAUAUUAAAACUGAGACGUUGUCUUUGUUAACACGUGGUUCACGUGUUUGUUCGUUUUUAAUGACUUAACUGCUUGAAAUUUACGCUGGUGUAUAUUUCUUAUACACACGUGGUUCACGUGUGAAUUUCUUUGUUGACAUUUUUACAUGUCAUCUUGUAUCGAAUCUGGGGACGAGGUCCUCUCUAUAAUGGCAGACUCUGAUAAUGAUUCGUUUGAGGGUUUCGAUAGCGAUGCUAUUCGAGAAGCAGAAAAAAGACUAGCUAAAAAAUUGAACGAAGUUAAAGCAGUUACUAGAGCUAAUUCUGCCACAGGUUCUGUGAGCAAAGACUUAAACAAUAAUGGUAAUGACCAGAGUGAAUGUGCACCGGCAAGGCCGGUAGCGAGUUCUAAAGGUACAAAACGAAAGAAAGCAAAUGGCAAUAAAAAUAAGACAAAGAAAACGAAGAAAGAUGAUAAGUUAUCUGGUAAAGAUAUUACCAAUGCACUAGUAAACAUGGGUCAAGAUGAGAUAGAUAAGUUUAAGGAACUCAUGGGCAUAAAUGAUUUAAUUGGUUGUAUUUACAAUUUGCAACAAGAUAGUGCAAGUACAAAUCAGUCGAUAGAACACGAGAGCAUCUCUAGUGAGAAUGAAAAUCAAAACGAGUUUGAUUUCUUUGCUGAUAAUGAAUCAGAGAAAGACAUAGAAUUAAGUGAUUGGGCAAUACCAGAUUGGUUUAGUUCAGAUAAGAAAGGGAAAGAUAUUGAUUCUAAACUGGCAGAAAUGGUCAAUACUUUGUGUAUUAAAGAGGGUGAGACAUCAAAAAUUAUUGAAGAUAAUCCAAGGCCAGCUAAUUGCAAUAAUUUAGUAGCACCUAGGGUCAAUACGAACAUAUGGAACAUUUUACCAAAAUUUGCCCAGAGUCGUGAUUCUGGUUUUCAAGCAGUGCAAAAAACCAUUGUUGCUGGUAUUACACCUAUACUCAGAAUUGCUGAAAUGAUGAAGACAAAUGAUAAGUUCAAAGAGAUAAGAAAUCUGUUAAAACAGUCAAUUAUCGUGUUGUGUAAUUCCAUCUACCAAAUUUCUCAAAAGAGACGAUUUUUGAUGAGAAGGGUUUUACCCAGUAGAUUCCAAGACAUAUGUAAUACAUCUCAGCCCGUAUCAGAACUUUUGUUUGGGGGCGAUAUUCAGAAAAAGAUCAAAGAAUUGUCAGACUUUGAUAAAUACAAAAGAGACAGGCCAAGGAACAACUCUUUUUAUACUAACACAAGAGGAAGAAAGAAUUACCCUUACAAUUAUAAUUAUGGUAGAGGUAGAGGAUCAAACAGACCUUUUUUAGGGGGAAGAAAUGCAUAUGGCAGAGAGAUGAGAAAUGUGGACAGAAGAGGAAAGAACAGAUUUUAGAGAACGAUGUGAUUAAGUUAGGCUGCCAAGGCACACAGAUUUAAUGACAGAUGGAGAGCGGAAACAUCCCCUCAACAAAACAAUCUUACUAGCCGCAGCACUUAUAUCUGGAAAACAUUGGAGAAUCGAGGGUUUCCAAAAGACAUUAGAAUC